AUGUUCAAUGGAAUAUGAUAGUUUAGAAGAGACUUCACCAAAAACAUCAACAACACAACAUAGACUAAAAAAACGUAAAAUUACCGAGGAAGAUAAUUUAAUUAAAAUAGCGUGCGAACACCUGAAAUCACAAAAUAACAGUAACCAACAAAACAACAAUGACCCAGAUGAUGUGGUUGCCAAAUCUUGGGGUGCGCAAUUAAAAGAGAUGGAGCCUCAACAAAAAAUAUUGGCGCGUAAAUUAAUUUCGGAUGUUUUGUUUCAAGGAUGUGUUGGAAAUUUGAAUAAUUCGCACAUACAGGAAUUAUUCAACAUUUUUCAAUCCAGACCAACAACAGCAAUUUCUUACGUAUCCACUCCAUCGCCAGUAGAGCUUGUAAAUGAUCCAUAUGACCCAACAACAUAUAACUCACAGGAAUCAAUACAGGGAUUCUACGCGAAUUUUCAAUAAAAAUUUUUUUAUAGUACUGAAAUUAAGGUGAAUUAUUUAUGUUUUGUCA